AUGGAUGCAUGUCACAUGCUGUUAGGGAGGCCAUGGCAAUUAAAUAGGCAUGUUGUACAUGAUGGUCAUGCAAAAACCUAUACCCUAACAAGGGAUGGAGUUCGCCAUAAGCUGAAUCCCUUGAAGGAGGUGGAAGAAAGGGUAUGUAUUAAUGCCAUAAUAUAUUUUAUUGAUGGAAGGAAAUUUUUGGAAGGCAUGAAACACAAACCUAUGUGUUGUGCUUUAAUUCCUAGAGUGGAUAAAGAAGAUAGUGUAGAGGCACAUGUAGAGGUUUUUGGUUUGUUGGACGAGUUUCAGGACAUUGUGUUUGAUAAUGUACCUGAGGGUUUACCACCUAUGAGGAAGAUCAAUCAUCAGAUUGACUUGAUCGUAGAAGCCAGUUUUCCAAAUAAGGCAGCCCAUAGAAUGAGUCCUGUAGAAAAUGAAGAGUUGAAUCGACAAGUUCAAGAGUUUUUUGAGAAAAGGAUUGAUCUAAGAGAGCCUGAGUCCAUGUGUGGUACUUGCAGUACUUGUACCAAAAGAGAAUAG